AGAAACUGCUGUGCCAUAACAGCCUGCUCCAGCCUGCCCUGUACCCAGCCCUCAAUCUCUGCUGCAGGAUGCCACAGAAUAGCCACGGAACUGAGUGACAGUGCAGAGGGCAGGGUUUACAUCCCAGCCUCUCCCUACCAGCAGGAGGGUUUAAGGUUCACCAGCUCACCUGUCAACUUUGGCACCAUUUUCCGGGAGCUGCUGGCUUACCUUGCCUGAGUUUCGCUUUUCUUUUCCUGCAACAAGGAGGCAGCCAGGGAGGUCGGACGAGGCUGUUAUCAUCUGUUGAGGCCGUUCCCAUCCUCUGCGACCCCCGUGUAGGAAGAAAGCAAGGCUGCGUACAGGACAUGGCGCAGACAGUGGUGCCAGGCAGCUCCCUGGGGGAUAACCGUCCCACCUACAUCUACAAGAUGGUCCUGCUGGGAAACACAUCAGUGGGAAAGUCAAGCCUUGCCUACAGAUACGUGAAAAAUGACUUCAAGGAGUCGCUGCCUACUGUAGGAUGCUCCUUCUUCACACAGACAAUCCAACUAGAGACAGCCACCAUCAAGCUGGAGAUCUGGGACACGGCUGGCCAAGAGAAGUACCACAGUGUCUGCCACCUCUACUACCGUGGUGCCCAUGCUGCACUCCUUGUUUAUGACCUCACUAAUAAGGAAACAUUCAACAGAGCGAAGCAGUGGCUGGUGGAACUGGAGAAGGAGUUCCUUCCUGAUGAAAUUGUCAUUGCUUUGGUGGGCAACAAGACAGACCUGGCUGAUGAACGGGAGGUUGCAGCUGAGGAUGGGGAAGAGUUUGCAAGGAGCAGAAGCCUGCUUUUCGUGGAGACGUCUGCAAAAUCCAACCACCAAGUAAAUGACAUCUUUAUGGCCGUAGGCUACAGAUGGCUUCUCCCCAAAGCCCAGCUGGUCAGCAAGAGCUGCUUUGCAGCUUGUGUCCCUCCUGCCAGAUUGGAGGAGGCAGUGGCUGUGGUGGCACAGCACCACAUUGCCUAGGACAGACAACUCCACGCCAAGAUGCAGCAUUAGAGGUGCAGAGAUCAAAGCCACUAUGUUUUUUGGGUUAAGUACCCGACCUGGGUAUACAAACCUGACCUGACCUGUGGCCCCAGCACAUCUGUCCUUCAAAUGACAUCACCACGCUGGCUAGAAGUUGCAGGGAGGUACCUACAUGGCAGCAGUAGGGUGGGACAGAGCAGCAGGUGCAUCCCAACACGCAUUGGCUGACCCCAUGCCCUGACAAGAGAGGUGAUGCUCUGUGGCUCUGUGCUCCCCGUCAGCCCGAGAGCUCCUGCGGCGUGAAGGUGAGAAGGCAGCUGUCCCAUCCACGAGUGGCAGGCAGCAUUUGGACCUGCGGGCAAGCGGGACGAG